AUGCAGAACGGGGAGGCUAUGAGCCCGCUGGACUCGAGGGCGGCCGGGGCCGAGGCCCAGGACCAGGGCCAGAAUCAUGGUUGUCUGGAGCCCACAGCACCUCCGCUUCCUCCUCCUCCCUCACCACCACCACCAGGGCCACCAGAAUACCCGAGGCCUCGGCUCAUCUUCCACACCCAGCUGGCGCAUGGGAGUCCGACAGGUCGCAUUCAUGGAUUCACAAACGUCAAGGAGCUGUACACCAAGAUCGCAGAAGUGUUCAACAUUUCCCCCUCAGAGAUUCUGUUCUGCACCCUCAACUCUCAUAAAGUGGACAUGCAGAAGCUACUGGGGGGGCAGAUCGGACUGGAAGACUUCAUCUUCGCUCACGUCAGAGGAGAGACCAAGGAGGUGGAGCUGACCAAGACUGAAGACGCCUUAGGCCUCACGAUCACAGACAACGGAGCUGGAUAUGCUUUCAUCAAGAGGAUAAAGGAAGGCAGCACCAUAGACCAGCUGAAGACGGUCUGUGUUGGGGACCACAUCGAGGCCAUCAAUGACCAGAGCAUCGUAGGCUGUCGACACUACGAGGUGGCGAAGAUGCUGAAGGAGCAACCUCGAGGCGUCCCCUUCACGCUCCGCCUGGUGGGGCCCAAGAAGGCCUUUGAUAUGAUCGGAACGAGGACCAGAGCGCCCAAGUCCACUGAGGGCAAGAUGGUGAGCGGGAAGGAGACGCUUCGCCUUCGCUCCAAGGGCUCAGCCACGGUCCAGGAAGUGCAGAACGAGUUUGAAGAGCAGGCCACCAGGAGAGUGGACGACCUGCUGGAGAGCUACAUGGGCAUCAGAGACCUGGAGCUGGCGACCACCAUCGUGGAGGCCGGCAGAGACAAGAAGAGCCCGGAUGACUUCGCCGAGGCGCUGGACUCCGUGCUGGGAGACUUCGCUUUCCCUGACGUGUUUCUGUUUGACGUCUGGGGGGCGAUAGGAGACGUGAAGAGGGGGAGGAUGUAG